CAUCUUAUAACUUUUGUAUAUUCUUCGUACGAUAUGAAUAUUUCAUAGAAAUAUGGCCAAUGUGCAAGAAGUUCUAUCUGACUGUAAAUAUUUUCAGUACAUUGUGUUCAGUUGCCUAUGCAUGAACAGUUUAGGAUAAAAUAUUUUCGAUCAUUUUGUGCAGAGAUAAAUAAAAUUCAAUAUCAAACAUAUAAUUCAUGAAACCAAUAUAUUUCGUUUAAAAUGAUACCUAUCAGAAGUAUCAGCUAUCCAAUAGUAAUUGGUCUAAGAUUGAUUGGAAUUUGGCCAAAAUCAUCCUAUGAAAUUAUAGUCCGAUUUAUAUGGGUUAUUAUUAUGAUGUGUGCACAAAUAUUUCAAUAUCGAUAUAUAAUAAAUCACAUUGGUUUUAAUAAUUUGACAGAUUUAAUUGAUAGCGUAAGCACUACUUUGCCUUAUAGUCUAUUGUGCUUUAAAUUAAUUAGUUUUUGGACUAAACGCAAAAUAUUUGAAAAUAUAUUAAUAAGCAUGUAUCAUGAUUGGACUAAUGCUUUCGCUGCCGAUUUUACUGUAGAUGAUAUGAUAAAAAAAACCGAACUCGCAUAUUAUUAUUCAAAUUUAAUUAUGGGUAUAUAUGCUACUGCUGUUUUUAUGUAUGUCGGUGUAUAUCUGGAAUUAAGUCAUCAUGAUCAAGGAAAUCAAUCUAAUUUAUCUCCAGAAUUAUUAGUAAAAAUGGAUCUUCCUUUUAGAUAUGAUAAAAGUCCAAUAUAUGAGUAUGUAUUUAUCGUACAAUUUAUUCAACUAUUUUUUAUAGCAUCUAGUAUUGCUGUGUUAGAUGCCUUAAUAAUUACAUUGAUAUUUCAUAUUGGCGGACAAAUAGAAAUAUUGCAUAAAACUUUGAAAAAUAUUUCUAUCAAGGAUGAAAAACCCGAAUCAUUCAGAAUUAUCAUUAAAUCUUUAAUCGAUAGACAUUAUCGGAUUAUUGUUGGUUCCGAAUAUAUUGAAAGUUUAUUCUCAUAUAUUGCUUUAAUACAAUUAAUAUGUAAUACUCUCGUUAUAUGUUGUAUAGGAUUUUUAAUAGUAGUUGCGCUUAAUUCAAAUUUAAAAUUACUUAUAAGAAUAUUAUUCUUUUAUAUUGCUAUUACGUUGGAAGCUUUUAUUUUUUCCAUUGCUGGAGAAUAUCUUAGUAAUAAAAGUCUGUCAGUUAGCAUUUCAGCUUAUGAAUCUCCUUGGUAUUUAUUAAGUCCUAAGAACAGAAGUGUAAUGAUUCUUCUUAUGGUAAGAUCACAAAGACGAUUAACAAUUACUGCUGGAAAAUUUAUGGAUUUAUCUAUGCAAGGCUUCGCAAAUUAUUACAGUGAGGACUAAGCUAUAAUAAAUUCAUACAGAUUCAGUUUAUAUAGGUAUUAUGCUAUUGUGAAUUGCUUAUGCAAUGAUGUACUCAUAUAAAUCUGAAUUGUUGUAGAAGUGUUCUAUCAAAAGGCAUUAUAAUUAUGAUGAGGUCCAAUUAUUAUAUGUGUCAUACUGAUAACAUAGAUUAAUAUUGUUAGAAUAGACAAAUUAUUGAAGUAGAAUUUUCUCAAUUUUAGUUAUUUAGCACUUGAACUUAUAACAACAGUGAUUAAAAAAGUCAAUUAUUAGCUAAAUAUUUUUUGAGUUUUCUUUUGAUAAUUGAGAUAAUAGAAUUUUAGAAAAUGAAUUCUCUAAAUAGUUAAUUCUUGAUGGUUGCUCUUUAUUAAUAUUUUAUCAUGACUCAUUAACAGUUUGAAUUUUGUAAACAAAUAUAUUCAUUGGACAUAUUUCAGCAUUUUUGCCUAUUGUUAAAGUUGGUUCUAGUAAAAUUUCAUGAUGAAAAAAAUAUAUAUCUAAUAUUUUUUUUACUCUUAAAAUAAUUAUAUCUUUUUAAUAUAAAAUCUAUAGUAUAAUGAUAAUUGUCAUACCAUAUCUUUAUCUUUUGUUAGAUGAAAUUUAAAGAUAUUUUUCAGAAAUUAUAAACUCAUUUUUUUUUAUAUUUGAAAAAAUAACUCCUCUUCAUAAUUAUAAAUAUAGUUCUUGUUUAAAUAAAACUAUUGAUGACGAUAAUUAAUGUUAUAUUGUAUGAAUUAUAUUGUAUGAUAUAAGUUAGAAAAAGUAAUAAAACGUAUUAUGAUUAUCAAA